AGGCUUAGCCCGACUGAAAAGGAAAGUGAGUUUAUGAUAACCCCGCGCUUGACGACAACGGCUGUUGUGGUGCUGCUGCCCAGCCAGGCCGCGCAACCAAGAAGGGAGGAGACAGUCGGUCGGGCUGUUGAGCCACACGUGUUGACUUCGCGAGGUAAGUCCGAACCGGAUGAUAAACAAUUGGGCCAUUUGGAGGUCUGCAACCUCUCGACGUCCGCAGUCUGCCAGGCUGACGAGAUCUCGUUACCUCACAAUUAG